CGUCAAAUGACCGCAUUCCAUUUAUAUUGUGAUGCUGUAGUAAAUUUACAUGAAAAAAGUAACAAAACACAAGAUAUUCAUGAGCCAAUCACGAGCCUCUGUAGAUAGUCAUGCCAUGCUUGAAGGCUGGGGUGAUGACCAGCGGCGCUUCUUUAAGCCAGUUUAGUUCGCGAUUCGUGUUUCACGUGGAAAAGGUUUUGUUUUGGAAGGUUUGAAAGGGAGGUUGUAGUUUAGUGUUACAUAUUAAACAAUGUCUUCUCUAGAAAAUAGCAAUCGAGGGGCACUGGCUGCCAUGCCCGAUCCUGCUACUUUUUAUCGAAGGAAAUUUUUGUGUGCCGCCCCAGCUGGCGGAGGAAAAGGCAAGCGGCAUCCAGGGAAAGCUAUCCUCGCAGGUGAGGCACUUUUAUUUAUAGCAGUUGUUUCUAUAGUUUGUCAGCUGUGAAGUUUUGUUUAGCCAAUCAGAUUUAAAGGAUGAUAUCUGUCUGUUUGAACCAGCUUUGCCUCUAUCACUCGUGGGAGAAUAUUCAAGUGCUUGCGAUCAAUGAACUACUAACGUGUUUUGAGUAAGCUUAAAGAGUGAGUGUUCUUUUUGUUUAAGUAUGGGGACCAUUUGUCGUUACGGCAUGUUUCAGCGACUAGACUAUAGCUUAAACACGAGAACCUUAAAUUUCUAUGCUUCAGUUUUUAUUAUACGCAGAGAGAACGGAUGUUUUUCGUUGACGCUUUAUCUCUCUACUGUUACUGUUUGCAAUUUGCCUUUGCUCACCCUUGAAAGUACAAAGGUCGAAGUAGCUUCGUGAUUUAUUUCACUGAAAGGCGUCGAAGACGUUUCGAGAAGUUAUCGUAGUUAGGGCCUUAUGAAAUAUCAUUGAACAUAUAUCGAUUUUUUUUGUUUUGUUUAGGCGAAAUCGAGAGAUAAAAUUUUUUCUACGUGGCAGAAUAAUUUUUCCAAUGUGCGAUUGUUGCUUGUGGGACUUGGUCGCUUUCACACAUUAUACCGUAAAUCAGAAUGCGUUGGAAUCUCUAAUAACGGCUGACACUCCGCGGUUAAUCGUUAAUUAGCUUGUUAGCGUCUCAUUUGAGGCUGACAUAGUAAAAGGAAUGUUGGGAAGAAGUGUAAUUCGUGUCAAGGAAACUUCAAGAAAUUUUUUGUGAACCCAGAAUCAAUAUAUCAAUUAUGGGUGGUAUGGGGGUGUGUCAAACGUCAGGACUGCGCAAUUUCCGACUUGCGUGACUUCUCAUUUCCGAUGGGAAGGGGCUGAAUAUAAAACUAAUAAUAAUGAAAAGUCCAAAGUUGAAAGAGGAAGCCUGGGAAAUUUUGAAAAGUGUGUUGUGUUAUAACAUUAAACAGAACAUUGCCAGAACUGAAGCUAUUGACACAAUUGUGAUAAUUUUUUUGGAAAAUUUGGAAGCCAACUUUAACUUUGACAUUGAUUGCUUGGGAAAAUGUGUACUGUUCCAAAAUAUUUUGUUGAUGUUUUUGUCCCCUUUUUUUCAUGGACAAUUAAUAUUUCAGUAAAAAAUAAAUUACAUCAUUUAAAAUUUUUUUAAAAUCUUAUAUAAAAUGCAUAGAGAAGGAAAGAGAGAGGGAGGGCUGAGUGCAUCAUGUUAAGGAUACCUUCAUAUUUCUUGAAACUAGACAUAAGUUUAGAAUAUAUGAACUAACAAGUUUUUUUUAGAUUGUACUUUGAAAUCUUUCACAGAAAAAAACUAAUUCUGUGAUAUAUAUUUUUUUGAACAGGAGGGAUUGCAGGUGGACUUGAAAUCUGCUGCACAUUUCCAACAGAGUAUGUAAAAACCCAAGUACAACUAGAUGAGCGAGCGGCAAAGCCUAUGUAUAAAGGCCCUCUUGAUUGUGCUGCUAAAACAGUAAAAAAUCAUGGGUUUUUUGGACUCUACAGAGGUCUUAGUUCAUUGUUGUAUGGCUCAAUACCAAAAGCAUCUGUAAGGUGAGGGAUAAUUGUCUUUUGUUAUUUUGUCAAAAGAGGUCAACUAGUCCAUUGAGUCAUAGACAAAUGUGUGGACUUUAAUCCUUAAACACCAAGAUGUAAUUAACAUGUAACUUCUGCCAACAAAAUCCAUAAAGUAUCCAGCAAACAGGUGAUGAGAAGACCCAAACUUAUCAGUCAGAAGAUGUUAUCUUAAUGUAACACCAAAUUCUUGUAACUGAUUGACAAGGAAAUUUGUUGGAGCUAGAGAGAAGAAUUGAUUGUCAGAUUUUGGGAGUUGAAGGGUUAAAGACACAUGCAGUCUAAUAAUGUUUAAAUUAAAAGCUGUGUAAUUGAUUUUGCAGAUUUGCAAUGUUUGAGUUCCUAAAAAAUAACAUGGUAGAUGACAAGGGUAAAUUAACACAAGUGCAAACCCUCCUUUGUGGAUUAGGAGCAGGAGUUGCAGAGGCUGUCAUCAUAGUGUGUCCAAUGGAAACUGUCAAAGUCAAGUUUAUUCAUGAUCAGACACAACCAAAUCCAAAAUAUAAGGGUUUCUUUAAUGGUGUUGGAACUAUUGUGAGAACAGAAGGUAAGUUAAAUAUUUUCAGAUAUACAGAGGAAUUUUUAUUCAGGUAACAUUUAAAUUGAAUCAUUUCAAUUAAAGGAGGUACUUGUACUGGUAAUCAAUCAUAGAGAGGUGACCUAGUGAUCUGCAUUUCAACUGGAUCUCAGCUGGGAUCAUGGGUGUACCAAAUGAGCUUUUUUUUUUCUUUUGGCUGACCUUUGAUUUCUUUAUCUUAGGAUUUGGUGGAGUCUACAAGGGUUUAACAGCCACCAUAAUAAAGCAGGGAACCAAUCAAAUGAUUCGAUUCUUUGUAUAUUCCAACUUGAAGAACUAUCUUCAAGGAGGUGACCCUAGCGUAGACAUUGGCUCUAUAAAAACAUUUUGCAUUGGUGGAGUUGCAGGGGCAGCCAGUGUCUUUGGAAACACUCCUGUUGAUGUUGUUAAAACAAGGAUGCAGGUUUGUGAACACUGAUAUUUUUUGAAGAUGUUUGCUUGAACAUUUACAAGCUGAUACUCGUUUUUCUUCUUUAAUUUUUGUUGCAUUUAGCAGAUGACUUGUCUAUAACAAAAUAAUGAAAAACUAAGAAUGGUCAUUAAAUUUGAUGUGGCAACAAAGUGCCUGUGUGAAAGCUUUCCCUAUUUUCUUGUAUGUUGGCACUUAUUUGAAGAGUAUCUACAUGUUGUCAUUGAGGUUUGGCUUGGAACCGGUGUGAUUACCAUUUAGACAUACACAAUAAGACAUUUUUGUUUCUUGAAAUCUCUCUUGCAGGGUCUAGAUGCACACAAGUACAAGAACACUUUAGAUUGUGUAAUGAGGAUUAUCAAAUAUGAAGGACUGAAAGCGUAUGUAAAAAUUAUUUUUGUAGACUUGUAAGAUGAAAACAAAGCUGCUAGUUAUACAAGCUAAGGACAAUAUGUAGGUCAACCCCUUCACAAUAGAAAUUCAACUUUGGGUUUUUGUUAAUAGGUUACUAAAUCCUAAUAAAAAAUGAAGUGUAACAAAUCUACUGGUACUUUCAAAUAAUGGCUUAUGAAGACUUUUAUCUCCUUUUCCAGGUUCUACAAGGGAACAGUACCUCGUCUUGGCAGAGUGGUCUUUGAUGUUGCCUUUGUUUUCACUUUUUAUGAAAACGUCAUGAAGUUGUUGGAUUAUGUUUGGGAGACAAACUAAAUGAACAAUUCUGCAAACCUAUAAUUUAUGAUUGCACCUUUUAUAAUCAGACAGAUGUAAUUUGAACACUGACAUUAUUUCCUUUACUUUCAAGAGUAGUUUUUCCACAAUAAAUAUACAAUGUUAAAGGUUAACUGUACUUUGUUGGUACAAAUUAUUUAAGAGGUGAAAGGUGGUGUUGAAAUGGCAUUAUUAAUUUUAUUUUUGGAAAAUUUGCAAGGAAAUUGGAAUUUUUAAAUUAACAUAAAUCCUUUCUUUAUUGUGGGGUACAGGUAUACACAUUAUUACACAGUAUGCAUACCUAUCCAUUCACAAGAUGAUGAUUCCAGCAUUUUGGGAGUAAAAGAAAGAACUAAUCAUAUUGAAAAGGGAUCAAUUCACAAAACAAAAUAUUUUACAACAAUGUAAGAUUUCAAGGUUCUAUGAAUAAUAAUUACACUAACAACAAUGCCU